UAAAUAAUAAAUAAAACAUGACAGUUGUUAUCACUUCGUACUUUGAACAAUUUACCACUAGUAAUUCUAUAUUUUUUAUAAAAAGAAAGGAAUGAUACAAGGUCGUAAGUUAAUUGGAAAAAAUCCAUUAGAUUUUCGAAAUGCUCGAGCACGCCAACCUGAAAUUGUACGAUCUGUUCAAAAAGAUGCCAAAUACACAGAAGAACUAACAGAAGAUUUCUCGGAUCUCCUGCGUUUAACCGGCUCUCGCAGUUGGAUAAAAUACAACCAACUAUGUAAACUCUUUGCCGAAAUCAGUUAUCAUGGAUUUGCGUCAAUUAGUAAUUUACAAACACUUGGUGAGGAAUACACUGGUAUUAUUCAAGUUGAUAGUGCAUAUAUGCACAUUCCAUCCCGUUUGUUACAACUAGUUGCAAUCAUACUGGAAUUCGGUGGAGACGCUUUAUUUGUUCGAAUUUUAGAAAAACUUGAAAAAUACAUCAAAGAUAAUGAGGAAAUUGUACCGGAUGCAAAGGAAAAACUACUAAGGGUGCUACGAAUAUUGUAUUUCUCUCCACAAUAUAUAAAGGCCUUACAUAAAUCAUUAUUUUAUGUGCGUUCCGGUAAAUACCAAAUGUCCAAACGUUUUACUGGCUUAAAUUACGUCCUAAUACGCCACUGGUUACAACCAGAAUUUUCAUUAUAUGGAUAUAAAAUACUUGGAGUUAUAACAUUUCUACAAGUAACUGUGUCAUUAAUAAUAAAUGCAUACGAAUAUUGGAAAGAACAUAAAAGAAAAAAGUUAGAGAAUAUAAACAGCUCUUCUAGAAGGUUAAUCAACACAGAGAGAAAUGCAAAUUCCGAAAAGUCUGAGGCGCCACAGUGCAUCCUUUGCCUUGAUUCACGUACUAAUACGACCUUGACGCCAUGUGGACAUUUAUUUUGUUGGAAUUGUAUACUUGAUUGGCUGGAUGAACGUGAUGAAUGCCCUUUGUGCAGAGAAAAGCUAAAGAAGUCCAAUGUAAUACCUUUACAAAACUAUUUAUAAAGCUUAAUUGUAUCGAAGUUGGUAUAGGGUAUUUUUUGUCAUAUGAAUUAAUAAGAAAUGGUAUUUGUAAGAUUUUAAAAUAAAAAUUUCACCAAGGUUCA